CACAAUGCCAGAGUCAGCACCCGCCCUUAAACCCUAACACCAUUUCUCUACUCAACUCUCUGCCCUUCUUCCCUGCUUCUUCUGUUUGGAUCUUCACAUCCAACAUUUAUUGAAUUCAAUGGCUUUCAUGUCAGUGUCUAAAACAUACAAAUUGAAACCUAGGUUUUAUCACAGAAUCUCGAACCCUUUGCAUUUCUUCACGACAAGCCAAGAUCCAAGCACAGCAUCCCAGGAGUUGAACAAUGCGCCACCUCAACAAGAAGGAGAAAAAGUGGUCACCCAGAGAACCUCCCCGCGAGGUAAGACUCGAAACCCAGAAAAAGUAGAGGAUGUUAUUUGUAGAAUGAUGGAGAACCGAGCAUGGACUACCCGCUUACAGAACUCCAUCCGGGCUUUAGUCCCCGAGUUCGAUCAUGCAUUAGUUUAUAAUGUGCUCCACGGUGCUAAGAACUCGGAGCAGGCCCUCCAGUUCUUCCGGUGGGUGGAGCGAGCCGGAUUGAUCCGCCAUGACCGUGAAGCCCACAUGAAGAUAAUUCAGAUUUUGGGUCGAGCUUCCAAGCUCAAUCAUGCCAGGUGCAUACUUCUAGACAUGCCCAAAAAGGGCGUUGAAUGGGAUGAGGAUUUGUUUGUAGUUUUGAUUGAUAGUUACGGAAAAGCCGGCAUAGUUCAAGAGGCUGUAAAAAUUUUCCAGAAAAUGAAUGAGUUGGGUGUGGAGAGGACUAUCAAGUCUUAUGAUGCAUUCUUUAAGGUUAUAUUGCGACGUGGUCGAUAUAUGAUGGCCAAAAGGUAUUUUAAUAAGAUGUUGAGUGAAGGGAUUGUGCCCACUCGUCAUACCUAUAACAUCAUGCUUUGGGGUUUCUUUUUGUCACUGAGACUUGACACAGCUAAUCGGUUUUAUGAGGAUAUGAAGACUAGGGGCAUUUCACCCGAUGUCGUGACUUAUAACACAAUGAUUAAUGGAUAUUCUCGGUUCAAGAAAAUGGAGGAGGCAGAGAAGUUGUUUGUGGAAAUGAAGGGUAAGAACUUAGCGCCUACAGUUAUCAGCUACACUACCAUGAUAAAGGGGUAUGUUGCCGUGGAGCAAGUUGAUGAUGGAUUGAGGUUAUUAGAAGAGAUGAAGUCCUUUGGUAUUAAGCCUAAUGCAACAACAUAUUCAACUUUGUUGCCAGGGCUUUGUGACGCAGGCAAAAUGACUGAGGCUAAGAGUAUUUUGAAGGAGAUGGUGGAAUGGUAUAUUGCUCCAAAGGAUAAUUCGAUUUUCAUCAACCUGUUAAAUAGUCAGUGCAAAUCUGGGGAUUUGGAUGCAGCUGCUGAUGUGCUCAAGGCAAUGAUUCGAUUGAGUAUUCCAACAGAGGCUGGUCAUUAUGGUGUAUUGAUUGAGAACUUUUGCAAGGCAAAUCUGUUUGAUCGGGCAAUUAAGUUGUUGGAUAAGCUUGUUGAGAAGGAAAUCAUCUUGAGGCCACAAAAUUCUUUGGACAUGGAAGCUAGUGCCUAUAAUGCAAUGAUUCAGUAUUUGUGCCACCAUGGUCAGACAGGAAAAGCAGAAGUCUUUUUCCGGCAAUUGAUGAAGAAGGGUGUUCUGGAUUCUACUGCAUUUAAUAAUUUGAUCCGUGGGCAUGCAAAAGAAGGGAAUCCUGGUCUUGCCUUUGAAAUUCUAAAGAUCAUGGGUCGGAGAGGGGUGCCCAAAGAUGCAGAUGCUUACAAGUUGCUUAUUGAGAGCUACCUAAGGAAAGGUGAGCCUGCUGAUGCUAAAACAUCAUUAGAUAGUAUGAUUGAGGAUCGGCUUCUUCCUGAGUCUGGCAUAUUCAAGUCUGUGAUGGAGAGUUUGUUUGAGGAUGGAAGGAUUCAGACUGCAAGCAGAGUUAUGAAGAGCAUGGUGGAGAAGGGAGUGAAGGAGCAUAUGGACUUGGUUGCUAAGAUCUUGGAAGCUCUCCUCAUGAGAGGUCAUGUUGAAGAAGCCCUCGGACGAAUUGAGCUACUGAUGCAAAAUGGGUGUGCACCCAAUUUAGAUAGCCUUCUAUCUGUUCUUUCUGAGAAAGGUAAAACUAUUGCUGCUCUCAAGUUGUUAGAUUUUGGUUUAGAAAGAGACUGUAGCAUAGACUUCUCAAGUUAUGAGAAGGUGUUGGAUGCGCUCUUAGCUGCGGGAAAGACUCUCAAUGCAUAUUCAAUAUUGUGUAAAAUAAUGGAGAAAGGAGGGAUCACUAACUGGAGUAGCCUUGAGGAUUUAAUCAAGAGCCUUAACCAGGAGGGGAACACAAAGCAAGCAGAUAUACUCUCUAGAAUGAUAAAAGGAGGGGAGGCAGCUAGUGGAAGCAAGAAAGGGAAGAAACAAGCAACUGUUGCUAGCUAAAUUACCUUUUGAUUAGAAAAUUUUUGGGUAGUUAUAUUGUGAGUACUAUGAUCACAAGUUUUAUUAUCAGCAAAAAUAAGUUCUGAAAAUUGCCAUUUGUUCUUCAUUUCAAAUGCAGGGAGGUAACACAUUGAUUAGCUCAUAUGCCCCUUGAUACUUAAAUUAUUCUCACUUGAGUCUUGUUGGUUUAACAUUAAGGAUUUCAACCCUGAGGAAUAUACGGAAAAGAUACAGUGGAACUGCAGAAGUUCUUAUCAUGAAAUGUUUGCAAUUUCAUCAUAUUUGUUCCAUUCAACUGUAUUUUGAGAAUCAUGGAUCAGGUUAUGUAAAUUUACAGCAUCCGAUUUAUUACUGCUCCUUGUACCUCCUCCUUGUUAGAACCUUCUCCUUGGUAGGUCAAUCCUUUUUUCUGUUUUUCUCCUUUAGAAUUGCUUCAUAAAUGGCAGAUUAUUCAGGAUUUUGAUAAA